GGAUAACUCUAAAUUUGUACAGGAAGCGCUUGAUCAAUAAAAGGUAACCACGUCUUGACAAGGUCUUGUUGCUCUGGGUAUAUCAACCAGGAAGAGUAAACACCAAACCGAAAGUACUUUCCAGCCUGGUGAAUAUCGGGGUGGAACAAUGGAUUUCUUGUUUAUUAACAGUGAUUACACAUAAAAGUUCACACCUCUGAUAAUACAGAUGAUGGCCACGCCCUCCAGCUGGGCACAAGAUGUCAUCACCUGUGACUUUUGUGACAACCCCACCCCAAAAUUUUGCAACAUCUGUCAAGUCAGUCUGUGUGUGGAUUGCGUCAGCAAACAUGUGGAAAAGUUCAAGUCCCUAGCGCAUGACAUCGUUCCUUUCACAAAGAGAAAAAUAAAGCUUGUUUUUCCUGAUUGCGACAUCCAUCCCAAUGAAAGAUGCGAGGCCCAUUGCAAAAAAUGUGAUGUUCCAGUUUGCCUGAAAUGCAUCCUCGGUUCCCAUAAUGGACACAGAUAUGAAGACAUGUCUGAUAUUUUCAACAAGAAGAAAAAAGAUAUUGAAAAAGAAACCCAGGAAAUUGAUUCCACUAUUAUCCCUCAGUAUGAAGAGAAAAAUGAAGAAACAGAAAACAAGCUAUCCAUUGCAGUAACCAAGUUUGAUGAAAUGGACAAAGAGAAAGAAAAACACAGAAAAUUCUGGCACCAAGAAGUAGACACCAUUUUCAAUAAGCUCGGUUCUUUGCUCAACUCCAUGAAAGAGAACCAUCUGGCUGUUCUAAAAUCCCACCACUCCAAAAUAAAAGAUCCAAUUCCAGACAUGACCCAAACAAUUCAAUACAACAAAGAAAUUCUAAAGUCAAAAAACGUGUCUGCCGUCACCAACUAUAAAUCCAAACUCGAGGAAUACAGGAACAUGCCUGCCGAUAUUGAUGUCAAAAUGCCGUCACUGAAAACCAACACAGUCCAAGGGAGAGAACUCAGCCUGGAAUUAGAAGAGUACAAGGCUACACUUCAACAGAUAUCAUUAUCCGGUCUGGCAGAUGAUGUCAAUAAAUCAUCAAUUAUAAAGCUAUUGGACAAAGCCAGAGUAAUUGCCACCAUUCCUACUGGAGUUAAUACUCUAUACCAUGUUGCCUGUGUGGGAGUGGAUGAAGCCUGGGUUAGCGGUGAAGAUAAAACCAUAAGACGUGUUGACAUGCACGGGUCUGUACGGGACAUUGUCACCACCACCUGUAAAGUCGCGCCUAAUGGCCUCACAGUGACCAGUGAGGGAGAACUGGUAUACAGUGAUGGUCCAAAUAGAACUGUGAACAUUGUCAGACACGGGAGAACAGAGACACUGAUAACCACACCACAGGGCUGGAAACCAGACAGACUAUACUGUACUAAGUCAGGGGACAUCCUGGUCAGUAUGUUUACUACUGAUUAUAGCCAAAAUAAAAUUGUCCGUUAUCAGGGACACAAAGUGAAACAGGAAAUAGAUAGAGAUGAAGAUGGAGAACCAAUCUAUAAAGGAGGGAAAUGCCCACUGUAUGUUGUGGAGAACAAGAAUGGAGACAUCUGUGCCUCUGAUAUUAAUGCUGCCACUGUAGUCGUGGUGGACAAGUCAGGAAGAGUCCGAUUCCGAUACGACGGUACACCAGCCAGGAGGAAGAAGUCAUUUGAUCCUAGACAUAUAGUGACAGACUCCAUGAGUCAGAUCAUUGUGACAGAUUACAACAAUGACUGUCUACACAUCCUGGAUCAGAACGGACAGUUUCUGAGAUGUGUAGACAAUUGUGGACUAGAUGGACCUGUAGGACUGAGUGUGGACAGUGAGGGGAAACUGUGGGUAGGGUUAUGUGAUUCAGGAGAAGUGAAAGUGAUUCAGUACAUGGAAUAAACACACAGACACCAGAUAAUGACAGAGUUCGCACAGUGCUCUUGAUAUCUAAAUAUUUAAUCUUUAAUGUUUAUAGAUUACCGGUAUAUCUAAGUGACAAUGUGUUGUUUGUGUUAAAUGUAAUUAUAAGAAAAUGUAUUA